ACAAUAAAGAGUGCAGCUCGGUUACUCAACAACAUGUCUGCAUUUAAUGCCAGGUCACUUCAACGAAUUCUCCGCUAGUGUUUAUGUUUUUGUCCAUGUCUAUGCUUUGUAGCUUUACUAAUUUACGCACACUCUCCUCCAUUCUUUCCCUGCUUUAAUAAUGCUUCUCGACACCUUUUUUCUUAUUUUGAAAGGUUGGAGGGGCAUUUCCUUUUCAUCGUGGCUGUCUUGACGCGGCACGGAGGCAAACCCAUGAUCGCAGACUCAACACGCAUCCUCACACCACUGACCUGGGCUUCGCUGUGUCCUGCAUGUGUGUGCAUGUGUGUGCGUGUGUGAGCGGGAGAGUGAGUGAUCCCCAGAAACCAGCAGCAGGAUGGAGGAUCUCAAGGAGAAUCUGGGAACUUUGGAUUGACGCCCGGGGAUAACGCGCGGUCGGCCCGAAACGCAUCGGACUUCUCGUGGAUUUAUAUAUUUGGAUGUUGUCUGUUUCCCCCUUUUACCUUUUUCUCCUAGGCAGUGGGAAUUUACACUUGGCUUACAACCCCAGUUAUUUUUGGCGUGCAAAAUGCCAUUCGCCAAAAGGAUUGUGGAGCCGCAGCUUCUGUGCAGGCACCAGAUCCCCAACGAUGAAGGUCUGCUUUUCGAGGACCUGUGUGCCAUCAGUAAUGUGGUUCUUUCCCGGACCUUGCGACAGCUCUCCGACCUGGCCCGGCACGCCUGCUCCUUAUUUCAGGAGCUGGAAAACGACAUCAUUAACACCAACCAGCGGGUCUGGGUCCUCCAGAACAAAAUAGGCCAGAUACAGCAGACUGCCAGUGCCCUAGACCCCAAAAAGGAGGCAGUGCCGGUGUCAAAUCUGGAUAUAGAGAGCAAGCUUUCGGCUCACUAUCAAGCUCCAUGGCACCAGCAACACAACGUGUUUCAUCCCUGUACCCGGUCACCAUGUCUGGAAGAGCUGCACAGAAACGCUCAGCUCAGUCUCCGAGCUCUGCAUCGAGACGAGGAACUGCGCCAGCGGUCCACGAGUCGGGAGAGAAACAGGGUGACCAUUUCUAUCUCAGUGGCGCCCCCCAUGCCCACCUUCCCCUCGCCACACUCUAUCCGCCGCCAACAGAGGAGUCGCCUGGCACGAGCGCAAGAGAGAGCAGAGAGGGAGCGAGAGUUAGACUACCAACCCAGGAAGGAGAGGCCUGUGAGAGAAACAGAGAUCCAGACCAUACAGAGAAAGGAGAGGCAAGGGAGAGAAGCAGAUAUUCAGACGAUCCAAAGAAAGUUUGAGUGCUUUUACUCACUUCACCCUAUUGAGAGUUGCAUCUUCAUUCCAUGGAGUAGAAAGUCUACCUCGACAGGGGAGGGUGAAGGUGGUGAAGUCUUGGGAGGACACAGAACCAAGGCCUCUGCCUCCAGUGCCCCCUCAACCCAGGAUAAACAAACAAACUGGUCAAAGGAAAAUGCCCCUCCAUCAGAUCAGAAAACACCUGGUGAUUCUCAUGCCGUCUCCUCCUGCAUCAUCCCCAUCAAUGUCACAGGCUUCUCUGUUGUCAUUGCAGGAGUCGGGUUUGACAGAGAAGCAAGUGCUCGUUGCUCCCUUGUCCAUUCCCAGUCUGUUCUUCAGAGGAGAAGGAAGCUGAGGAGGAGGAAAACUAUAACAGGAAUACCCAAAAGAGUACAACAGGACAUGGACUCAGAUGAAUCACCCGUAGCAAGAGAGCGCACAGUGAUCAUACAUGCCAACCCACACCAACUCUCACUCUGUCAGGAAGACACCUCAAUUAGUGGUCGCCUCCAUCACACUCGUGACUCUGGCUGCCAGACAGAUGAUUUCCUUAUAGCAUGUACAGCUGCUCCUUCAAGGAGGCGCAUUAGAGCUCAACGUGGUCAUCAGGGUAUCCCUGCCUCUCUAUCCCAUUCAACAGGCAAUAUUUCUUCCCUGGGUGACCAGUCAGACUCAACAUACACCACGGCUGCAGCCCAUGGUGGACGCCUGCGCUCACGUAGCCUUCCACGAGAAGGUGGACGCCUGAUGGACAGUGACGAAGAUGAUGAUGAUGACAAUUAUGAUGAUGAUGAUGAAGAUGAAGAGUUGUCACCAUACGAAGCAGAGGACUUUAUUCCACCAGGUCCCAGUCCAAGAAUGAAAAUGAUGAUGAUGAAGGAUGAAGAAGAAAGCACAGAUGACCAGGCAGCUCCUGAGCCAUUACAACUAGGAAGCCUAAAAAGGUUGCAACGAUCUGGGGAACGAGACAGAGGGAGUGGAGGGGGUGGGAGCCCAGAGCAUAGCUGGAUGGAGAGGGGUCGUUCACGCUUGCCUCGCAAAGCUGACAUGGGCAGCUGUGAGAUUUCAUCAAGUUCAGAUACUUUCAGCAGUCCGAUUCACUCAGUGUCUACAACCGGAGUCCUAGGCAGUCACGUGGACCAUAAAGAAGAUCACCAGUCAUCCAGUGGAAACUGGAGUGGUUCAAGCUCCACCUGCCCCUCACAAACAUCUGAAACAAUUCCCCCACCCUCUUCUCCACCCCUGACAGGCUCAUCCCAUUGUGAUUCAGAGCUGUCACUCAACACCGUGCCCAAUGCCAUUGAUGAAGGAUUCUCUCUGGAUCCUUCAUACCACUCUGACCUCAGACCCCAGGGCCAGGGUCAUAGAUCAAGCUCGUUCACAUCCUCAGCCACAGACCAGCUGGAUGAUGCAGGAGUUAGUACAGCCAGUGAGGGGGAGUGGACAUACCCUCCAGACCAAGACCAGACUGAUCCAGAUCAAGACCCUGAUCACACCCAAAACCUAAGCCAGAGCCAUGGGUUAACACAGGAAUACGGCUCCAAACAAGGUCUAGAAGACCAAACCUGUUUCAGUGACAAGAUGACACUGACAAGCAACACUGAAAAGGAACAUGGUUCUCAUUACGCAAGUGAUACAGAGGGUUUCUACUCAUCUUCUGUGCAUUUUGGGGAGUGUAGUCAGAGUUACAGAGGUUACAUGUAUAACUAUGCAGACCCCGGGCCUGACUGUGGUCAGUCCAACACUGUGGCACCAAUAGUAUCCCAUGGAGUUUACCCCAAGCCCUCAGCUGAGUUGAGAGCAGGCACUAUGACACUGGGGAGAACCUGUCGUCCACUGAGAAAACCGAAAAUCAAACCUCCACCACCAAAACGGACAUCCUCACUGAAGGAGACCCUUGUUAGUGUUGAUGUUGGAACGGACACACAGGCAGAUCAGGAUCAACCAAAGACGGUUAGUGAGCAGGAGCUUAACUUGUCUUCCACAGAUAUGAAGCUGGAACUGGACCUAGAGCUUGGAGGUGAUCCAGAACCAUUACAGACAUCUUGUUUAGUGGCGGAGCCCUUGGGAAGUUGGGGGAUGGGACUGGGUGAAACUGUAGACAUAGUAGAGCCCAUGUCCUUCAGCUCUGCAGAUACACACUCAUUUAAGGAUGAAGGUGCUGUGCAAUCUGACUAUGCAGACCUGUGGCUUCACAACACUGAACUGAAGUCCAACAAUGGUGAGUACACAUCUAUGUCCAACUCAAGCACAGCCACAGGUACUACUGUCAUGGAGUGUAUGAAGUCACCAGACAGCUCUUCCUCUUCCACAGAAACCCAAACCCAGGCCCUUGCACAGGCUUCAGAGACCAGGGCAACUAGUCCACCUCUCCCACCUGGAGACUUCAAACUUGGGUCACCUGAGAAGCUGGCUGGUUUGGCCUCACCAUCAAGUGGCUACUCCAGCCAAUCAGAGACUCCAACGUCAACCUUGCCCUCAUCUUCUGCAGCGUUCUUCCCAGGACCACUAUCUCCUUCAACUGGCAAGAGAAAGCCCAAAGUGCCCGAGAGGAAGUCUUCUCUCUCUUCCCUGCAGCACUUCCCCAGAGAUGGAGCUUCCAUUUCCUCUUGCUAUAAGAGAGACCCAGACUUUCCUCCUCCACCUUCUCAACUUGAUCUCAAUGUUCUCCAUGGUGGCUAUGUCAGACAUACUUUAUCCCACCGGACACACCACAUACACACGCUCCACCACAGCAAACACAGAGCUGCGAAUGUCUUGGCCACUGGCACAAAGCUUUUGGCCCCUGAGGCAAAAAAUACCAACCCGCCGCCAAGUUCAAACUCUGCUUUAACAAUUCCUACUUCAAAUCUACUGGUGAUUACGCCAGCUGCACUUCGCUCAGUGCAGCUGCAUUCCAUCAACCAAUCAACAGAUCUACAGAAUUCUUCCACUACAAACCAGGAAACAAGUGGAACAGAGACCGCUACAAGGCCCAAAUGUGCUCCUAGUAGUUCCUGUCUGGCUCCCCCACCUAUUAACACCAGACCUCUCCCUCCGCGCAGACCACCUCCCAGACCACCAGGUCAUGCAGUACAUGACCACACCUCCUCCCCCGAACACUUACAACCACCUCCCCCUGGCCGCCACCCCGAUGGGCCUCCAUCAUAUGAAAGCUUGCUACUAAGACAAGACCGCUAUGGACCUGGAACCUUCUGGGCUAUGACAGCCUUCCGAACCCGGAUGGAUCCAUCAUCAGAUCUCUCCGAGGACAGCUCACCCCUGCAUCGACCUGUGCCACGUGCUCCCCACCCUUCGCCUGUGGAUUUACACACACAUAUCCACUCACACACAGAGUUCCGAGGGCUCACCCACUCAGCUCAUGCACACACUGAGUUUAGGGUUUUAGGAGAGCGUUCGUUCUCCCAAGACGACGAUGACGAUGAAGAUGAUGAGGAGGAAGAGGAAGAGCAGGUGAAAGAAACACCGAGGGCUGCAUGUUCCAGAGGAGGCAUGCGAUCGGACCACCCUCCACCCCCAGCAUAUGAGUUUGCUGGGAUAUCCCACUCAGACUCAGGGCCCUGGGCUAGUCCAGUCAAAGUGCCUGGUAACACUAUGGAGACAUCGCAUCCUUACCUAAUCAGCGAUGCAAGGAAAGGAGGACAUGAAGAGCAGGAAGAAGAGGAGGAAGUGACAUCAGGUGCUACCAGAAGUGCCCAUCAGCAGCAGCCACAGGACAGCAAAGAUGACUCCACCACUCCUGACACUGAGGAUUACUUCAGUAAAGAUUCCACACCCAGUGAUAAUUCGCUCUCCCCUCUGACGGAUGACACCAAAGUAGAUGAUGACAUUAUCAUCACGUCACCGAACAAGACCCGUACAACUGAGGACCUGUUUGCUAUGAUACACAGAUCCAAGAGAAAAGUCCUGGGCCGUAAAGAUUCAGGGGACCUAAAUGCAAAGUCCCGUCUCUGCCCUCCAGCACCAGUAACCUUGGCCCCCAGCAAUGUUUCCACAGUCGUCAUCCCUCCAGCCCCUCCUCUCAACAUCCCAGCUACCUUAGCCACUGCUACUGGGUCACAACGAGCCCCGGUGCCAAUCUAUCGAAGCGCAAAGAAAUCCAGUACGUCCAACGAGGAGUUCAAACUCCUAUUGCUGAAGAAAGGCAGCAGAUCUGAUUCCAGCUACCGCAUGUCAGCUACAGAGAUUCUGAAGAGUCCUAUCACCCCUAAAACACCAGGGGAGUCCCUUCAGGAGGGACCCAUUAGGCAAGCUGAAGAGCCACCAACUACACUCCAAGAACCCCUCAUAUCUGGCCUAGACCCAAUCCAGAUACCAGGCCUUUUUCCCAGGGCCAACUCUGAGAGUUUCACCCCCAAAACCCUGCCUAUGUCAGCUGCCUCCCGACAGGGACGUUCUCGGAUCCCUCCGGUGGCCAACAGCAGUCGCUACAGUACACGCAGUCGCCUCUACACAGCCCCCAUGCAAGCCAUUUCUGAAGGGGAGACAGAGAACUCAGAUGGGAGCCCCCAUGAUGACAGAUCAUCCUAAAACCACCUGAUGAGAGAUGUCCUCUAUUCUUCUGUGUCCUACAUUUGAAAUGGGUCCUCCUACUUUUCUAAUCUUGGACAGGUUUGCCAACAAGGCCAAAAGUGUAAUUCUUGAAACCUACAAAAUCUGAUGGUUUCUGAAGUGCACCCAAUUAUGAAAAUACUAUUCUAUUUAAGGGUUGCAAACUGUUGUGAAAUAGUUAAUUAUAUAGGGAUGAUUAUGAAAAUAUACCUAAAUACUGUAUUAUCUAAAGAAUAGCUCCCUCUGCAAUUGAAAGUGCAAGACAUAUUUUGAUUGAACUGUCUUUUUAAAAAAAAGAAAAGAAAAAAGGAAAAAAAAAAAACGCUUCCAAAUACUUGGAAAAUUAUAAGAAAAGAAAUUUUGUGGAGUACAGACAAAGAGCGUGUGCAUGAACAAGCACAUGCAAAAUCCACUCAUAUUUCUAAUUCUUGUGUUUUGAAUGGUGUGGAUGUGUUACUGAGGAACUGAUUUCUUAUUAAAAUUAAAAGUUAUUAUGACAUUUAACAUUCUUUUAAACUUAUGGUGCCGAAAGCAUUGGCCAGACUUCCCAGAGUCCAUACUCUCUAAUAUUCCUGCCAACAUGCAAGGGUUGUUUCAUUCUGGAAGUUACUAACAACAUCUCAACAUAACAUCAAAUUCCAUUAGGGCCUCACAUUAGAGAGUAUAUCACACAGAGCCAAUCAUAUAUUUCUUCACAUAAAGUAUAUCCAGAAAAGAUAACAUGAUGCAUGUAUUUUUGUAAAACUGCGCCUCAGAACAUGAUGAUAAAUUUUCACCAUGUUGCAUGACCGUAUAUGGAAACAUCCCCUGGAUCCUGGUUUCUGUCGCCAUUUUUUUUGUGGUUCCUUUGUAUUAUAAGAAUUAAGUCAUCUUUCACUAAAACAAAAACAAACAAAAAAAAAGAUUUUAGUGACAUUUGUACCACAUUGCCAGUGAUCUAAAUUGAUCUGUCAUGGAUUUGAGUGUCGAACAAGAAGGAGCAAGGGCUUGCGCCUAUUUGUCUAAGAUACAGGCUAAUUUUGGACAAUCGCACAGUGGCCUUUCUCUACUAGAGGUGGUUGUAGGCAGGGCAUCCAUAUAUAUGGAGCUAUGCCACGUUCCACUAGAAUUCAAUCACAUGCAUAUUUUAACCCAAGUUUGAAAUCUGGUAUGCCAAGACUGACUAAAGGUUUUCCAGCUGCUGGCCAGUCUUGCUGUGCUGACUUGAAGUGGAAAAAGGUGCAUUUCAAUGCAGAUUUAAAAUAUACCAUUGAGUGCAGACGGUGAAAAUGCUUUAGAAGGUCCUCAAUCGGUUUGACUCGAGGUUCAUUUUGGAAAAGGCUUCCAAGAACCAACCUCGCUUUUGCACUUCAUGAUUCUUCAAGAAUAUUCCUUGAAAAGAAAAUAUAUCUUAUAAUGAAAUGCAUAUGUAUAUUUGUACUGAAUAUUAAAAAAAAAAACUCAUAUCUAUAUAAAAUGACGAGCAGAAAUUUUAUAGGGGAUCAAUCUGAGUGUAGCAGAGAAGAAAAGGUCUCACUGACAACAUUACACAUGAAUCUUAGCAAUGUAAACUGUUCUCCUCUCCUUGUUGCCUCUCCUUCAUUUGCACUGACCCAGUAGCAUGAGACAGGUGAAAGCUCAACCCGGCCGCUGGUGUGCACCGUUUUGUCUUACCCUCCAAACCUCACCUCCCAAAAUCUGACAGAGAUGAGACGAGAGGAGGAAGAGCAGCAAAGUACUCGCUGUUUUGCUGUAGCCUUUUCUAUCCAACACCAGGGUUAGCGUAUGCCGUAAAAAAACAAAAAAAACAAAAAACGUUGUCAUCUUUCCAACUAAUUUUUACGCAUUUAAAGUAUCCGGUGUGCCACAGAAGCUACCACCAGUGGAAAGCUUGACCUCUCGCCUGCCUACCACAGCAAACACAGUACAUGUACUUCUUACAGUCAGAGACCGUACUUCAAUUAAAACCAUUCACUGUAUUCUGUGAAUACCUCAGCAAGCAUAUUACUGUUUUAUUGUAAAUGCUAGAUAGAUGGAUAGAUAGAUAGAUAGAUAGAUAGAUAGAUAGAUAGAUAGAUAGAUAGAUAGAUAGAUAGAUAGAUAGAUAGAUAGAUAGAUAACAAACCACAACUGUUUGAUACUCAGCGAAUCUCAAUUGCAGAACUGACACUGUGUAAGAUGGAGAGAGUAAAAAGCUGUGAACUGAUUAUUAGAAUUUUACAUUCAUCAUACCCAUAUUGCUGAAGCGCACUUGUUCCUGUUCAUUGUUUUAUUUGUUGUGUUUUCUAUCGCAUGCAAUAAGUAAAAGGGGGGGAAAAAAGGGGAGAAGAAAAGAAAAGGACACCACCAAAUCAUUAUUUUUAUCUGAGGGAUGUCUCCAUGAGAAAAGAUUUUGUAUUUUCCAUUCAAAUGUCAAGUUGAAUAGUGUGUUCUAUAGAUGUACAAACUGUCUGGCUAAUUCUGUUCUGUAUAGUCGUGAUCACAAACAGGGGUUUAUCUUGUACUGUAUAUCUACUCACUGGACAAUCAUACGUAUAAGAGACUGUAAAGAAAAUGAUAUAGAAUCUGUCGGGAGGGAGAACCCGAACACUUUUGCGUCCUACUCGCGCUGGAGCUGUGGAAGCGAGAAGAAUUAUUUUCCAGGAGAAACUGCUGAUUACGUUUCAUAUCUGGUGCAUAUCUGGACAUGUCGCUUUGGAUAAAAUGUACAAAUAAAACAAGCAUAGAAAAGGGGAAAAAAAAUAUAUAUAUCAUAGACCUAAAAAUCUACUUUGAUAAUGAUCUGAAAGAUACCGUCUACUUUUGAGUCACGGCUGAUUUUUUUUCAUUGCCACAAAACAUUAUUACUGAAUGAUUACAAGAAGUAAUCUGUAAUACAGUAUUACAUGAAAAACAAAAUGUGACUCUGCAUUGCUGUAAAAAUACUUAAAAGUAUUUGACAAUUUGUUUAGUGUGAUUUAUCCGUACUGUCCCUGGCAUUGAUGCUGUUGGGGGUAAUUUAAGACUGUUUCCUUCAUUUGUAAAAGCAGUGAACAGAGAUCCGUUGACACAAUUUGAUUAGAAAGACAAACUUUGAGGUUGCCAUGCAGACUCUACUUUAGCAGUCAUCUCGCCCUCUCGAAUACAACAAACAAAAGAAUCUAUGUCUUUUAUAGAUUUUUGUUUCCUAACCAGUUUCCAGUGUCUGCGUGCAUUUUUACCCCAAGGGGAAGUAUGACAACAGCCACAUGAUAUUUUUAUUCAGAGGUGUACAGUAUGGAUUAACACUAAACGGACUUUAAAAUAUGUGAAAGAGAACUGAAAAAUACAGACAUUGAAGACAAACUGUAACUAUUUAAAAAAGGAAAAAAAAAAAAAGCUCCAUGUUUAACACUAGCUAGGACUUAACAGAUUUGAAUCACUUUUGUAUUUUUGUAUAAACAUGUAAAUACGUUUUUAAAGAAAAAAAAUGUUGCAAAUUCUUUCUUUUGUAAAAUAAAUCAAUAAAAGAUUAAGUUUACAUGAUUAUUUCCAAGCCUUUGUAUAUUUUAGAGCUGUGCAACACCUUAAGUCUUGUAUUUAUUUUUUUGGGAGGGCUGGGUUACAACAUUGUGAAAUUUCCAUUAUUCUAUAUCUAAUUCAUUUAAACAGCUCAUCCGGCUGCUUAGUAACUGUGCAUAGAAAAAAAGCCAAUAAAUGUGACUGCAAUGAAA